GCCUUAGACAUAGUAAAGGUUUCAACGUGCCCAUUGGUAUAUCAGCAGUCUUUGUUUAAUUAGAAGAGGGACAAAGGAAUUGUUAACGUUGGCCAUAACGAUAACCCUCAUAGGCGUUCUUCAUACAUUAAUUCAAAGAUGGCAGAACAAUGUUGUUUUGCCAACCACUAUCAUUGAAUUGCGGAUUUUGUAAAAUUGGCCAAAAUCUACGUACUGUUUUAAUAUAGUCAGGCAGACGUGCUAUUUCACAAGUCCUUGUUUCAGUGUCUCCACAAGUUAUCUAUGUACACACAGAUUAGAGAUGACGUACAAUAUGUGUGAUAUCUAUGAAUUCGGGCGUGGUCGGUGUCUAUUCACUUUGCAGUGUAAUGUUUCAUGUAAUUGAGUGCUUAAGACUGCUUAAACCACUUGUAUUUUUUUUAGUUAACUACGUUAGAAAUAUUUAUUAUGAAUAACGGGGACAACUCGAAGGGAAGCAAGUCCCAAGAAGGUAGUGAUGUUAAGGCAUACCCUCUUUCAGAGGAUGAACACAUUCGAGAGACUCCGGGACCCAGUUACAGCAUUCCAACUGCAGAAGGCAGUAUUAGACAUGGUCCAUAUCGAGCAUAUGUUCGUACGUCUCCACAGUAUAUUCCUGGUCAUGGUGUCAGAAAGUACAAGACUGCACUUAAGAACCUGAUUCCUGUUCGCAAGAAAGCCAAGCAAAGGGAUGUGAUAUCUGUUGACAGUGCUGGGUUAAUUUCUUUCAUCUCAUUUUCAUGGAUGUCUCAAUACAUGUAUAAAGCCUCCAAGAAGGGUCUCACUGCAGAGGAUAUUCCUGAAGGUUCACCUUUAGAUUCUUGUGAUCUUAAUGGUCAAAGGCUCGAACUGCUAUGGCAAGAGGAAGUAAGUUGCAAAGGACCAAGGAGAGCUUCAUUUGGCUCCGUGGUGUGGAGAUUCAUGAGAACUCGCAUCAUCAUGUCCAGCUUUGUGUUCUCAUGUAGUGUUGCCAUGGGGUUUAUUAGUCCAACAGUCUUUAUGCGGAAGCUUUUACAGUACGCAGAGGAUGAGAAUGGAGAUAUGAUGGAGGGUGUGACUUGGGCAGUGUGUCUCACACUUUCUGAAUUUCUGCGAACCAUCUUCUUUUCUUGGAGUUGGGCACUUAACUACAGGACUGCGAUAAGAUUGCGCUCAGCUUGCCUUGCCAUAUUGUACAGGAAGGUGAUUCGCCUUAAUAGCCUUGGUGGAAAGUCUGUCGGAGAAUUGAUUAAUUUGUUUUCAAAUGAUGGACAGCGUAUCUUUGAUAUGGUUCUUUUUGGACCAAUGAUCAUUGGAGGCCCUAUUGUUACUGUCUGUGGAAUGCUCUAUAUACUUUGGCUACUUGGGCCAUGGGCCCUUCUUGGAAUGGCAACUUUUCUUCUAUUUUAUCCAACUCAAUAUGGUAUAUCACGAAUGAUGGGUUACUUGAGGAGCAAAACAGUGAUUGUGUCUGACCAGCGAGUGCGACUGAUGACCGAGAUUCUCAGUUACAUUCGAUUUAUUAAAAUCUAUGCAUGGGAAAAAUGCUUCAUCAGAGACUUAUUAAGAAUUAGGAGCAAGGAAUGUAAUUUCCUGCAGAAGACAGCAUAUUGCCACAGUUUAAGUAUUUCUAUGGCACCGACUGUUCCAGUUAUCUCGGCUAUUAUCACGUUUUUGGCUCACAUUAGCGCUGGCAACAACCUUACAGCGGCUCAGGCAUUCUCGUUGAUUUGUCUGAUGCAACAAAUGCAGAUGCUUCUCAGUCACAGCAGUGAAUUCAGCUCAAAGAUUUAUACAGGCUGUAAAGCAGUGCUUAGCUUACAGGCAUUUUCCUUGGUACCCUUUCUUAGCAAUCAAAUGAAAGAUGCAUUGAGCAGAAUACGGCAGAGUACCAGAUCAGUAUGUGAUGCCCUAGUAUCACUUUCAAGAAUUAAGAGCAUCUUACUGCUGGAAGACAUUAGUCCGUAUAUCACGCGUCCUAUCGACAAAACUCAGGCCGUUUGUAUUAGCAGGGGCACAUUAUCAUGGGACUCUGUCACCCUCCACAAGUCCAGUACUGAUGCAGAAAAGAACAAUUUAAGUCCACUUGGUGUCUUACAAAAGCAGAACCAUGCAACAGAUCAGGAGAAGGAGAAACUAAAUCCGUGUGAAAACACGGAGUGUCCCAAUGUGAACGCCUUGCGUGACAUAAAUUUUCAGGUUGCUAAGGGCCACCUGAUCGGUGUCUGUGGUCAUGUUGGAUCUGGCAAGACAGCAUUGCUUCUAGCUGCCUUGGGGCAACUGCGGCUUGUGUCAGGUCAAGUUACGAGGGAUGGCUCUUGUGCAUACGUCAGUCAGGAGCCGUGGAUACUUAAUGCAACUUUGAGGGAUAACAUUCUUUUUGGGGAAAAUUUUGACUCAAAGAGGUACUAUGAAGCUAUAUACAGCUGUUCACUGACUCAGGACAUAAACAUGCUGCCUGGUGGUGACCAAACAGAGAUAGGUGAAAGAGGGAUAAACUUGUCAGGGGGUCAGAAACAACGUCUGGCACUGGCAAGAGCUCUGUAUGCGAACAGGGACAUCUAUUUGCUUGAUGAUCCACUCAGUGCUGUUGAUGCUUAUGUUGGUACUCACAUUUUCAACACAUGCAUCCUUCACGCUCUGAAACACAAGACUGUUAUACUUGUUACCCAUCAGGAACAGUAUCUGAACCAGUGCAACAUGGUGUACAUGAUGAAAGAUGGCUGUAUUUUUGCUCAUGGAACACAUGAUGAGCUGAUGGCUAAGGAACAGGAUUAUGCUAUGUUGGUUAAGACCCACUAUUCCAAAAGAGGGGAACAGGAACAAUGUGUGAUUGGAGAAGAAAGUCCAGUUUGUGCUGCUGAGGUUUUGAACUCAGACUAUUUGGCACCAAACUCUCAGAACAGACCUGUAAGUUCCAGUUCUCAAGUUAGUGUUGAAGAUACUGAGAAAUUGGAUUCCAAAGAAGGUGAACAGCUAACAACACCUGAGUUUGUCCAGAAGGGGAACAUUCGAUUCCACACAUACCAGAACUACAUCUCUGCUGCAGGUGGAUACUUCAUUAUACUGCUCAUGUGCCUCAGUUGUCUGCUGAAUGUUGGUAGUACUGCAUUCAGUUCAUGGUGGCUUGCCUUGUGGAUCAAAGCAGGUGGAGGUAAUGCCACAGUAUUUGUUAACAACCAAACUGAGCCUAGUCAUAACAUCAGUGACAACCCAGACUUCCCUAUGUACCAGAUGGUUUAUGCUGUCAUGAUUGCUGUCAUCCUAGGAACAAGCUUACUGAGAGGGUUGGCAUUUACAAAGGUAACACUUAGAGCAUCCAGUUAUCUUCAUAAUCAGUUAUUUAUGAAACUAAUGCAUAGUCCAUUGCACUUCUUUGAAACUACACCUGCAGGAAGAAUACAGAAUCUCUUUUCUCGAGAUAUGGAUGAAGUCGACGUCCGGUUACCCACCACUAUCGAGUCUUUUUUACAAAACGUGUGGAUUGUUCUGUUUGCCAUUCUUUUUGUUUGCUUGGUAUUUCCUUGGUUCAUCAUCCCAUUAGUUAUUCUUGCAGUCAUCUAUUAUUUCAUCAGUAAGAUAUUUAGAGUGGCAAUUCGUGACUUGAAACGAUUGGAGAAUGUGUCUCGAUCGCCUAUCUUUAGCUGGGUUGGGACGACGGUUCAAGGACUAAGUACAGUUCAUGCUUUUGGAAAAGAAAGUGAUUUCUUAAUGAGGUUUACAAAGAUGUUUGAUGAAAACACAACAUGUUUGUACUUGUGUAGCAUAGCUAUGCGAUGGCUGGCUGUAAGAAUUGACACUUUAGCAGUAACUACAAUAUGCAUCACAGCCUUCCUGACUAUUUUUCUUCAUGGGCAGGUGCCCCCAGCUCUUGCGGGGCUGGCCUUGUCAUAUGCGGCUCACAUCAGUGGUGUCUUUCAGUAUACACUAAGGCUUGUGUCUGAGAUAGAAAUCCGUUUCAUUUCUGUGGAGAGAAUCUCUUUAUACAUCAAAAGCCUGGAAUGUGAGGGGAAGCAAGGCAUUACAUUGAAACCACCAUCAGACUGGCCAAGCAAAGGCAACAUAAAGUUUCAGAAUGUCACUCUUCAGUACAGGAAAGGACUCCCAGAUGCGUUGAAUAAUGUAUCAUUCAGUGUACAGUCUGGAGAGACACUAGGGAUAGUGGGACGAACUGGAUCUGGUAAGAGCUCACUCAUUGCAGCACUUCUUCGCUUAGUGGAGGUGUCUUCAGGUAAAAUCAAGAUAGAUGGCUUGGACAUAGCAGAUAUAAACUUGGAACAACUCCGUACCCAGCUGUCUGUUAUACCUCAAGAUCCUGUGCUGUUUGAUAGCACAAUCAGGUUCAACUUGGAUCCAUUUGAAUCCUGUACAGAUGAUGUCAUAUGGGAAGUUCUAGAAAAGACCAAGCUACGUGACAGAAUAUCAAACAUUGGUGGACAGCUCCAGGCUUGUGUUGGACAGGGCAGAGAAAGCUUGUCUGUCGGAGAGCGUCAACUCCUGUGUCUGGCAAGAGCAUUGCUUAGGAACGCUAAGAUUCUUGUUCUGGAUGAAGCAACAGCAUCAAUUGAUCCUGAGACUGAAGCAGCUGUUCAGAGUACAGUCCAGAAUGAAUUCAAGCAUUGCACAGUUCUGACAAUUGCACACAGACUUUCGACUGUUACCAGCUGUGACAAAAUACUAGUCAUGGAUAAGGGUCAGGUGUUUGAAUUUGGCACUCCUGCCAACCUCAUGUCUAAUCCAAAUUCAAAAUUCUCUAAGAUGUUAUCAGUAGCUGAUGCUGUGACUGAAGGACAGAGCUAUACAUGAGAACAUGACUCAACAGAUGGAUGCUUUUUAAGUUAUCUUACUAUAUUAUUGGACUUAAUCCAUGUUUUUAUUUUAGUAUUGCAUGGUCAUUGCUCUUCUGUAAUGACCAGGGCACUACUGGAUGAAAAAUUAUGGUUAAGAAUUGGAUUUUGAUUGUAAGCAUAAAAUAUCUAGGCUUAAUAAGGAUUCUUUCUUGUGCUCCACAGUUUCUGCCCACAUUUCUACCCUCACCACACACAUUGUUAUAUGAGAUAAUUUUGCUUCUUAAAAUCGCUCCUUCUUUUAGCCAUUGGCCUUCACUGGAUGUCUUGUGGUAUGUUUUCCAAUCACAUCUGCUGGAACCUUUGCAGAAGCACAUGUUCAGUCCCUCCACAUCAUUUUCAUUACAAAUUGUUGCAUCUUUUUAUGACAUCAAUUACUGGGUGACAUUGACAGCAAUUUGAGACACUGAGCCAUGUGUAUAACUAACUAACUAGAUGGCUUACCGAACCCGAAGGUUCAUCACCGAAUUAACCAAAGCCGUCCACCAGACCCUGUCCUGGGCCAACAAAAUCCAGUCUCCUUCAACUCCUAUCUCCCAUAGAUCCUGCCUGACAUUAUCCUCCUAUCUACAUCUAGGUCUCCCCAGCGGUCUCUUCCCCUCAGCCUUCCCAACCAAUACCCGGUGCACACCUCUUGUCUUAUCCAUGCGCACUACAUGAGCCAUGUCUAUACAUAACAUUAUCUAAUUUCUAUCUGUGGCAUGAAUAAUUUUAACCUCAGAGUUAAUUUGAUUUUUUCAUCUCUGUGGCUGCAUUUUUAUAAAAUUUAACAUGUUGGUAAAUCCUAAAGUCAAGUUAUAGGUAAAACCAUAAAAUAUGUAUUUUGAAUAUGUUAACCUUAAAUAGUGUUUGUGUGGCAUAUCUGUCAGAAAAGACUUUGUGCCCCGAAACCUUAUUUUACAGCAGACACAUGGGAAUUAGGCAAGAAUAUGUAGUUUCAUGCUCAGUAUAACAGAACAGAUAAAUACAUCAGUAGAACCCACUUUUUUAUUAUAUUCAGCAUGCUUACAUUGUUUUUCAAAAUGCAUUUUCAAUGCAAAGUGAGAGAUAUGAAAAUAUAGAAAUAAAAUAGCAUUUUGUUUAUAUAAUCAUGCACCUGUCAUACUAUACAUUACACAUUGCUUGGAACAUAAGUAAUGCUUCUGCUCUGUCACCACAUUGUAUAUCAAGCACUUGGUUUGAUGGAAGGAAAAUGACGGUCCCACGUUCUAACACAAUGUCACCAGCAGUUGCUUGUCCACUGAUCACAAUGAGAAUAGAAGCACUGUCCCGUGGAAUGAGGGCAUAUUCUGUAAUGCCAGAAGGUACCUGAAACAUGAGAACACUGCAGCAUUUUCUGUGUGAAGUCAUUCAGGGUUUCUAAUUAACUAAAGCUGUUUCCAGUACCCCAAAUAUUUUUUCCAGAAGCACAUGAACAAAACAUGUAAUAGUCUAUCUGUCCAUCUAUCCUCAUGCAGUGUCUACAUAUUAUUGGUAAAAUGUUAUAUCAGAGACCUAUACUAAAUUUGUUGAGUGAAUAUCAUUUUCAUCCAUAUUAUUCCAGUCUUUUACAAAAUUAGGUAUGAACAUCAUGCUACUGGAGUCUGUCCCACCCUAGUACAUUUAGUCCCCACCAACAAUAAUACCAAUAUGGUGGUUGUAUGGACUUACCAGGUUGGAGCAGCAAAACAUGCACUUAAUAUAAGGCCUUGAAAUUUUGUGUGCUAUAAGAUAUUGCUAAAUAGUUAACUUUUGUGGUAUGUAAUACAGUGCAGUACUAACCUGAAAUCUGUAUUUGACUUAUGUUAAGAAUUAUAAAUAUGGUGAUGAUGAGGUUAAAUCUUAAA